AUGGAGAAAUCCACAUACAAAACGAACGCGAGGGAGCUCCAGCAAGCCCUUCGGGUUACCGACGAUAAGAUAUUGGAUGUAAGAAAAAAUGUUAUCCGGCUAUACCAGUACAUCAACGAAGUUCUGGCACCCCCUGGCACAGACCCAGCUGUAUAUGCCGAAUGGGAUUCCCAUACUAUGAUCAAGGCGUUUAACAAAAUCAAUGAGUACUCGACCUUCGACCAGGACGAUUCGAUUCGCUUUCGUUUUGCUGUUGGGUUUGCCCAAGGAGGUCUUCAAGCCCAGGGCAAAAGAUUUCCCAAAUUGACUGCCGAAUUGCACGCCAGGCUGAAUGACUGGGGGACACUUAGAUCUGAAUUGGGAAGGAUGGGAGAUGAUACUCCGAAUAGUAUCAAGGCUCAGUCCACGGAAAUAUUCGAAUUUACAGAGGAAAUGAUAUUCAGCUGGAGAGAACUGAGGGAAGUCAUUCAUAUUCCAGGUUUUGAUAAAGGCCAUCAAGUUUCAUCUAGACUGCCUCGUUUAGCUCAGACACAGAGGGUGGUUUAA